GUUUUUUCCCCCCCAACACCAAUCCACUCUUCCCCUCCUUUUUUUCUUCACUCCCCUUUGCUGUCCCCACCCCAGAUUCUUCGUGCAAAUUUCCCCAAUUCCAAACACUUAAUUGAGCAAUUGGGAUUCCUCACGUGUGGGCUGAUUUGUAGUUUGAACACGUGGCUCAUUCAAAAAAGCCGGAAUAGCAGUGGAUUUUUUUUCCACCCCUUUCUUCUUCUUCUUAUUCUGGGCUGUAGACUUAGAGGCGGGCGCCAGCCUUACCGUGUGUGACAUUCUCUGUCUCUUUGCCAAAGGGGUUUGGAGGAAGACACAAAGUAGUUUCUCCUCCUUUUCACCCAGCCCGCCAUCGUUCGGAGACACGAGAUUAAUAAUUGAGCAUUUAUUUAUUGCGCGACAGAGGGGCGAGGGAGCGCAAACGCACUGUGAGGCUGCCAGUUUAAAUCUAUCUGUGGCUUGAACGACCGGGAAGCACGCCACAGCCACUCCGUAGUAGUAAAGGCGAUUUGGGCUACUCCAAACACUGCAUAUCCGUGAGAGCAAGUAACUCUCUCCCUCAGCGUAAAGAUUGUUCCUUUUCGGCGUGGAUCAUGAAUAAGCUAUACAUUGGCAACGUAAGCGCAGAGGCGAGCGAAGAGGACUUCGAAACUAUCUUUGAGCAGUGGAAGAUUCCGCACAGUGGUCCAUUUCUUGUCAAAACUGGCUAUGCAUUUGUGGAUUGCCCCGACGAGAAGGCUGCAAUGAGGGCCAUCGAUGUUCUUUCAGGUAAAGUUGAACUUCACGGGAAAGUUCUUGAAGUGGAGCACUCGGUUCCUAAACGCCAAAGGAGCUGUAAGCUGCAGAUCAGGAACAUCCCGCCUCAUAUGCAGUGGGAGGUUUUGGACAGUAUGCUGGCUCAAUAUGGUGCAGUAGAGAGCUGUGAACAAGUUAACACUGAUACAGAAACUGCAGUAGUCAAUGUUCGAUAUGCAGCUAAGGACCAGGCCAGACUGGCAAUGGAGAAGCUGAAUGGAUCUAUGAUGGAAAACUAUGCCUUGAAAGUGUCAUAUAUCCCAGAUGAGACGGCUGCCCCAGAAGGUCCUUCAGCAGGAGGCAGGAGAGGCUUUAAUGCACGUGGACCUCCUCGUUCUGGUUCUCCAGGUUUGGGUGCUCGGCCCAAAAUGCAGUCUGACAUCCCGCUACGCAUGCUUGUUCCAACACAGUUCGUAGGUGCGAUUAUUGGCAAAGAGGGUGCCACUAUUCGCAACAUCACCAAACAGACCCACUCAAAGAUUGACAUCCAUCGGAAAGAAAAUGCAGGGGCUGCAGAGAAGCCAAUCACAAUUCACUCAACCCCUGAAGGCUGUUCGAAGGCCUGCAGAACCAUCAUGGAGAUCAUGCAGAAGGAAGCCCUAGACACAAAAUUCACUGAGGAGAUCCCACUGAAGAUCCUUGCACACAACAACUUUGUAGGAAGAUUGAUAGGAAAAGAAGGACGCAACCUGAAGAAAAUUGAACAGGACACGGGGACCAAGAUCACAAUCUCACCUCUCCAGGACCUCACCCUGUACAACCCUGAGCGGACCAUCACAGUAAAGGGCUCCAUUGAAGUGUGCUCAAGAGCUGAGGAGGAGGUGAUGAAGAAGAUCAGGGAAUCUCAUGAGAGCGACAUGGCUGCUAUGAACCUCCAAUCCAACCUGAUUCCAGGCUUGAAUCUGAACGCCCUGGGUUUGUUUCCCAGUGGUGCAUCAGGCAUGGGUCCCUCCAUGUCCAGUGUCCCACCUCCUGGAGCCCAUGGUGGAUGUGCAUCUUUUGGAUGCAGUCCUUAUGGGGGUGAGGGGCCAUUUUGGGCUUCUAUGCUGUCGGCGAGCAGCCAGCCCCUUUCUCAGGGACAGCCAGAGUCGGAGACGGUUCACUUGUUCAUUCCUGCACUUGCAGUGGGAGCCAUCAUCGGAAAACAGGGUCAACACAUCAAACAGCUGUCACACUUUGCUGGAGCCUCUAUUAAGAUUGCCCCUGCAGAAGGAAUGGAUGCCAAGCAGAGGAUGGUCAUAAUUGUUGGACCACCAGAGGCUCAGUUUAAGGCUCAGUGUCGUAUCUUUGGCAAGCUGAAAGAGGAGAAUUUCUUUGGACCCAAGGAAGAGGUGAAACUGGAGGCUCACAUCAAGGUUCCCUCCUUCGCUGCUGGACGUGUCAUUGGGAAGGGUGGAAAAACGGUAAAUGAACUGCAGAAUCUGACCUGUGCAGAAGUGGUGGUGCCCAGGGACCAGACACCGGAUGAGAAUGACCAGGUCAUAGUAAAAAUCAGUGGACACUUCUUUGCAUGCCAGCUGGCCCAGAGGAAGAUUCAGGAGAUCCUGGCCCAGGUGAGGAGGCAGCAGCAGCUUAAAGCCCCACCUGGAGCUCAACCUCCAAUGCCACGCAGGAAGUAAAGAUCCAGCAGAUCUGGAGGAAUGGCGACUGAAUCUGUCAGAAGACUCGACAGAUGGACAGAUGCAGCAGAGUCCAGGGGGGGAAGAAGACAGUGGGUCCUAAUGCUCAUCUCAGGGGUCAGAGGUUAUCAAAACCAAAUCAAACAUCCACCCCUCCUUGACUUACUUGAUGGCCAUUCAAAUGUGGCAAAAAGAACUCCCGCCUCUGAAGCUCCACCCACUUCACCUCUGGAUAUCCUGUGAGAAUGUACCUCUGAGGGCUCCCACCAAAUUCACCUGCCCUCACAUGUACGCGCCCCUCAACUGCUCUCCUCCCCCCACGGGUGUUAGUUUUUAUUUUGUUCUCUUUUACACUAGAAAAACAAAAAAGAAAUAAGAAUCCUCCUCCUCUAUCACCUCCUUGGUGUGGUACUUCAAACAUGACAAGAUGUUUUGGUUGACUUAAGAUUUAAAUUUUUCCUUUUUAGUGUUUAAUUGGUUAAGGCUUUCUCAUGAGGUUUCUAUGAAAAGGAAAAGGCAUUGCUCGGUUCUAGUUGGACCAACAGAGGUUAUCUUUUGUUUUUUAUUUUAUUUUUUUCCCCGGGGAGGGGGGGUGAGGUUGGCUCUAGUUGGGUGGGCCAUGUUUAAGCAAAAGAUUCUUGUUUUAGGACAGGACCCCAGAAAAGGUGGAUUAAAAGGGCAUCCUGCCCCAUGUAAUGAUAGUGGCAUUUUAAAAAAAAAAAGAAAGAAAAAAAAAAAAAAAUUCGGAUGCAUUUUA